AUGAUACACCGUGCCAAGAGGUAUAGAAUAAGAGGGAGAAAGUACGCAAAGCCAGAACUUAAACAAAGCAACUUUUCAAAAGAUGAGGACGAUCUCUUCCUCAAGCUUCAUGCACUUCUUGGCAAUAGAUGGUCAUUGAUAGCGGGAAGAUUGCCUGGACGAACCGACAACGAAGUAAGAAUCCAUUGGGAAACUUACUUAGAGAAGAAACUAAUGAAAAUGGGAAUCGAUCCAACCAAUCAUCGUCUCUACCAUCACACCAACUACACUUCUAGACAAUACAUCAAUUCCUCGCAUAAGGAACAUGAAACCGAUAUUAUUAGUGAUCAAUCUUCUUCGGUAUCCGAAUCAUGUGAUGAUAUGUCACUAUUACCCGUUUCAAGAACCAUUUGCUCUGAGGAUAAUGCUAGUGCCGGACAUAACUGGUUGCCUGACCUCAACAUCGGUCUCGUCCCGAUGAAGACAGUGAAUUCUUUGCCAGGUGGCUCCCUUCAAGAACCUAGCGAAUCCUCUAACCAUGGUUCAGCGAGUCAAGAAACACUUCUUCUUUUCCUGUAAAAGGAAAAUAUUGUGAGAUUAAGGAAAACUCUUAGUCGAAGUCCUAUUUAAAUUGUGUAUGUGUUUGUACACAUCUUCAUA